AUGCCGCAACCUCUUGCCUCGAAGGAGGCUUCGCUCUUCCGUUCCGUCAUCCGAUACUAUGAAGACAAGCAGUACAAGCGUGGACUCAAGUCUGCCGACCUUAUUCUCAAGAAGCACCCUAAGCAUGGAGACACCACUGCCAUGAAGGCUUUGAUCUUGAAUUCGCAGGGCAAGACGGAAGAGGCUUUCGCUCUAGGGAAGGAGGCUCUGACUAUGGACAUGAAGUCGCACAUCUGUUGGCACGUCUACGGUCUGUUGCAUCGGGCCAACAAGAACUUCGAGGAGGCUAUCAAGGCGUACAAAUUCGCUCUCCGAUUAGAGCCCGAGUCAGCACAAAUCCAGCGUGACCUGGCCAUUCUGCAAAUCCAAUGUCGCGAUUACCAAGGCUAUAUCCAAAGUCGAACUGCUAUGCUCCAGGCCCGACCUCAAGCGCGUCAAAGCUGGACUGCGCUCGCUAUCGCCCACCAUCUUUCCGGUAACCCCGCCGAAGCUGAGAAGGUCAUGAACACUUACGAGGAAACAUUGAAGACGAAGCCCUCGAAAUUCGACAACGAACAUUCGGAAGCAAUCAUGUACAAGAACUCAUUGAUUGCUGAACAAGGGGACUACGAACGGGCGCUUGAGCACUUGAACACUGCUGCUAAGCAAAACCUCGAUCGAUUGGCUGUUAUGGAGGCUCGUGCCGAGUAUCUCCAUAAACUAGGCAGGAAGGAGGAGGCCGUGGCGGCCUACCGCGCUUUGCUAGAUCGUAACUCGGAGCAUCCUAUUUACUACGAACAGCUUCUUGAGGUUAUGGAGAUUCCAGAGGACGACAUCAAAGCCCGCAAGGCUGUCUACGAUGAGUACGCUGAGAAGUCGCCUAGGUGCGAUGCUGCGCGCCGGCUACCGUUGGACUUCCUCUCUGGCGAUGACUUCAAACAAGCCGCCGAGGCUUACCUUACAUUGAUGCUUAACAAGGGAGUUCCAUCCACUUUUGCUAACCUGAAGCACCUGUAUUCCGACUCUUUCAAGAAAGACACCCUUCGCGAAUUAGCCGAGAACUACUUGAACUCUCAGGAUGCUGAUUCGGAGAGCAAGGAUAAGGGAGAGGCGGCCGCGCUCUACUACCUUGCGCAGCACUAUAACUACUAUCUCAGCCGUGACUUGACGAAAGCCAUGGAGUACGUUGAUAAGACGAUUGAGAAGGACCCUAAGAGUGUUGAUUACGCCAUGACCAAAGCACGAAUCAUCAAGCAUGGUGGUGAUCUUCAAGAAGCCUCCAAGGCGAUGGACCGAGCCAGAAAGCUCGACCUCAAGGACAGAUACAUCAACACAAAGGCUGCCAAAUACCAACUUCGCAACGACGAGAAUGAGAAGGGUCUCAAGACAGUUGGGCUUUUUACUCGCGCGGAGACUGUCGGUGGCCCUCUAGCCGAUCUCCUGGAAAUGCAGAGCAUUUGGUUCUUGACAGAAGAUGGCGAAGCAUACGCGCGCCAAGGCAAUAUUGGAUUGGCUCUCAAGCGAUUCCAGCAAAUCUUCACCAUCUUUGAGGUGUGGCAAGAAGAUCAGUUCGACUUCCACAGCUUCUCUCUUCGCAAGGGACAGAUUCGCGCCUACAUUGAUAUGAUGCGAUGGGAGGAUCAUAUUCGCGACCAUCCGUUCUUUUCUCGGGCUGCUCUGGAUGCUGUUGAGAUCUAUCUCAAACUCGCUGACAAGCCUUCAGCAAACGGCGUCAACGGUGCCGACGGUAAUGACGCCGAGGAUGCUUUAGCCAAGAAGAAGGCUGCCAAGAAGGCAAGGAAGGAGCAGCAACGUCUGGAGAAAGAGGCUGCUGAGCAACAAGCUAAGCAGGAUCCUAACAAGGCUAGCAAGGAGGGAGAGGUAAAGAAACAAGACGACGAUCCUUUUGGAUUGAAGUUGGCCGAUACUACUGACCCUCUUGGUGAUGCUAUGAAGUAUAUCAAUCCUCUGCUUCAAUUUAGCCCCAAGAACAUUAACGCUCAAUUCGCUGGUUUUGAGGUUUACAUGCGCCGCAAGAAGUACGUUCUUGCUCUCCGUUGCCUUACAGCUGCAUCGGCACUUGACUCCAAGUCACCCCGAGUGCACGAGCAGACCGUGGCCUUUGCUCAGCUGCUUAAGACAGCAACCGACAUUGAACCUAAGGUUCUUGAGGUGCUAAAGGCCGAGUUCAACGCUGUAGACCCUUCCGCGGAUUUGGUUAAGUACAACGAUGAAUUCUUGGCAGCCAACAAGGAAAGCCCUAGACACGUUCUCUCUGCCAUCAAGGUGCAGAAGCUAUUGGGUCAAGACAAGGCCAAGAGCGAGGAGGCUGUCGCCAACAUUUUGGAUAUCCCUGGUGUCACUUAUGAGGACGCCAUCGAGGGCCUUGAGGUGCUCAGGAGCUGGAAGAGCCCCCAGGAGUUGUACAAAAAGGCUGCUCAACAGAAGUUCCCUAACGUGACAAGACUUGCUUAA